GCGAAAUUGCAUAACUUACUAAAACGACUCCCCUCCCUCCCCGUCAAACAAGAAAAACGACAUCCCCUUCUCUCUCUCUCUCUCUCUCUCAUCUCUCCUCCGAGAGGAAGAAGGCAAUGGAAUAUUUGCAGAACGAGGGGAUCCACGUUCCUCGGUCGCAGCAGCUCCUUCCUCCAUCCCCCUUCCCCACCACCAUUGCCCUCCGCGCUUGAUCUCCAUUCCCGACUUCUUCCUCUCCUUCACGCCGGAUUUCUUCUGGUGGAGAUCGUAAAUGCUGGAUUAGAGGCGCUUGGCGGAGCUCAUAAGUUGAUGCGAGGCUCUGAGUUAUCGAGGGCGCCAUUCGAGGAACGAUGUCCAUGAGGAGUGAACACCAGACGGUUCAGCUCUCGGUACUGCUCGAGCGAGAAUUGGCUAGCGAGAAGAUCGGUAGGCCCGACAUUGUGUACGGAGAAGCCAGCCAGAGCAAGAAGGGCGAGGACUUUACCUUAGUCAAGAUCGACUGCGAGAGAGUGGUCGGCGAUGCGGACUCCACGUUUUCUGUUUUCGCACUAUUUGAUGGACAUAAUGGGUCUCAAGCUGCUAUAUACUCUCGAGAGCAUCUCCUGGACAAUACUAUAGCAGCCAUACCUCCAGACCUGGACAGGGAUGAAUGGGUGGCAGCACUGCCAAGGGCACUCGUUGCAGGCUUUGUUAAGACUGACAAAGAUUUUCAAGAGACAGCAAAAACUUCAGGAACAACCGUCACCUUUGUCAUUCUAGAAGGCUGGGUUAUAACUGCCGCUUCUGUCGGUGAUUCACGUUGCAUUUUUGAAUCUGCUGAUGGAGAUAUCUAUUAUUUGUCUGCUGAUCAUCGGCUUGAGUGCAAUGAAGAGGAGAGGGAGCGUAUCACAUCAAGUGGGGGCGAAGUGGGCCGGCUAAAUACAGGUGGUGGUGCAGAGAUUGGUCCCUUGAGAUGUUGGCCUGGUGGAUUAUGUCUGUCACGGUCUAUUGGGGACAUGGAUGUUGGGCCGUUCAUUGUUCCUGUUCCUUAUGUGAAGCAAGUGAAGAUGUCUACUGCAGGUGGUCGGCUUAUCAUUUCGAGUGAUGGUGUAUGGGAUGCUUUGAGUGCAGAGAAGGCUUUUGAAUGCUGUCGAGGGAUGCCACCAGAUGCUGCUGCUGCUCAGAUUGUUAAAGAAGCUAUAGAGCCAAAAGGAAUUAGAGAUGACACGACAUGCAUUGUCGUUGAUGUAUUACCACAGGAGAAGCCAGUUGCUCCUUUACCUCCACCCAAAAAGCAGACGAAAGGGGUUCUCAAGUCCAUGUUUAAGAAAAAGACAUCUGAAUCGACUUCUCAGAUUGAUAAAGAAUAUGUUGAACCAGAUGUCGUGGAGGAAUUGUACGAGGAAGGAUCGGCCAUGCUUUCAGAACGGUUAGAUACGAAAUACCCACUGUGCAACAUGUUUAGGUUGUUCACAUGUGCGGUCUGUCAGGUAGAGAUGAAACCUGGAGAGGGUGUAUCUAUACACACCGGGUCAUCUAACCCUGGAAAUUCCAGACCAUGGGAUGGUCCUUUCCUGUGCUCAAGUUGCCAAGAGAGGAGAGAAUUCAUGGAAGGAAAAAGAGCUGUGCCUAGAUAUAAUAGUGACAGUGAUUAGCUGGAAGCCGAUCUAAGAUGGACAAAGCAGUAGCACUAGAUGAAAUGCAUUGGAGUUGAUCGGAAACGGGAGGCUGGGGUCUGUUUGGUUGUUAACUUUUUCAAACUUUGUUUUUCUUUGAACUCUUUCAAACAUCAUUCUGUUUUCAAAAACUAUGUCUGUAACACUUCAUGAAUAUAAAGAUUUAAAUCUGAUUUUCAGUUAAAAAAAAAAAAGAAACUCAAUUAUUUAUUCAUGAAAAUCCAUUUCUUCGUGUCAUUAGGAAUGGAAUACGGGGCAUCCUUUUCUAUUUUUUACUAGAAAGCUAACUUUUGGAUAGGUUUUGUGCCUGUGAAAAUUGGAACAAGGGAAAACAUCUAUGCCAAACAGACCCUUAAGGAUUCUAAUGAACCUAGCUUCGAGUUUCCGUGGGCAAUCAAGCUUUUGGACACACAAUUUCACCCUCGAUGGUUCAACCCAUUGUGGAGUUGAUUCAAGUCGUGAGGCUCAUUUAGAAGAUCGGAGCCUCCCAAGAAUGUUGAAGACUGCGGCAGAUGUGUUAUAGAGACAUAGUAGAGGUAAAUUUUCAUAUCAAUCGUUCACUACAUGGCUACGUCCGUAUGUGUGGACCCAAAAUUAGAGACAGCUCUUUUGUAAUAUUAUAUCGCAAACCGAAGCUUCAUGAGUUUUCGUUUAUACUUCCAGGUUAGGAAAAACUUGUGCAAUCAGCUUGAUGAACUUAGUGUUGGAAUAUUUAGGCAUAAUUUUUUUUUUCCCUUUCAAUUGAUUUCUUGGUUACAACUUCUUAUUCUAUGCCACUGUUGUUAUUCACCAGGAUUAAUUUAUAAUGCCAUGAUAGCAGCUUCAUUGUUA